GCGCCCAGGCGGGGCGGGGCUGCUCCGAGGCCCCGCCCCCUCCAGCAGCCGUCUGCUCCCUCUAGAUUCCCCGGUGCAGUGAGCGCCUGCGCUGGCCCUCGCCUUGGAGCAGCCAUGAUGGAAGGCCUGGACGACGGCCCCGACUUCCUCUCGGAGGAAGACCGAGGACUUAAAGCAAUAAAUGUAGAUCUUCAAAGUGAUGCUGCUCUGCAGGUGGACAUUUCUGAUGCUCUUAGUGAGAGAGAUAAAGUAAAAUUCACUGUUCACACAAAGAGUUCAUUGCCAAAUUUUAAACAAAAUGAGUUUUCUGUUGUUCGACAACAUGAGGAGUUUAUCUGGCUUCAUGAUUCCUUUGUUGAAAAUGAAGACUAUGCUGGUUACAUUAUCCCCCCAGCACCACCAAGACCUGAUUUUGAUGCUUCAAGGGAAAAACUGCAGAAGCUUGGAGAAGGAGAAGGGUCCAUGACAAAGGAAGAAUUCACAAAGAUGAAACAGGAACUGGAAGCUGAAUAUUUGGCCAUAUUCAAGAAAACUGUUGCAAUGCAUGAAGUAUUCCUGUGUCGUGUGGCAGCACAUCCUAUUUUAAGAAAAGAUUUAAAUUUCCAUGUCUUCUUGGAAUAUAAUCAAGAUUUGAGUGUGCGAGGAAAAAAUAAAAAAGAGAAACUUGAAGAUUUUUUUAAAAACAUGGUUAAAUCAGCAGAUGGAGUAAUUGUUUCAGGAGUAAAGGAUGUAGAUGAUUUCUUUGAGCAUGAACGAACAUUCCUUUUAGAAUAUCAUAAUCGAGUUAAGGAUGCAUCUGCUAAAUCUGAUAGGAUGACAAGAUCCCACAAAAGUGCUGCAGACGAUUACAAUAGAAUUGGUUCUUCGUUAUAUGCUUUAGGAACUCAGGAUUCUACAGAUAUAUGCAAGUUUUUUCUCAAAGUUUCAGAACUAUUUGAUAAAACGAGAAAAAUAGAAGCAAGAGUGUCUGCUGAUGAGGACCUCAAACUUUCUGACCUUUUAAAAUAUUACUUAAGAGAAUCUCAAGCUGCUAAGGAUCUCCUCUAUCGAAGAUCUAGAUCACUAGUGGAUUAUGAAAAUGCUAAUAAAGCACUGGAUAAAGCAAGAGCAAAAAAUAAAGAUGUUCUACAGGCUGAAAUGUCCCAACAAUUAUGUUGUCAGAAAUUUGAAAAAAUAUCAGAAUCUGCAAAACAAGAACUCAUAGAUUUUAAGACAAGAAGAGUUGCGGCAUUCAGAAAAAAUUUAGUGGAACUAGCAGAGUUAGAACUGAAGCAUGCAAAGGGUAACCUGCAGUUGCUGCAGAACUGCCUGGCGGUGUUAAAUGGAGACACAUAGGCCACACUCCACCCUCGGUUUAAAAAGGGCUGCCUUCCUUCAGACUUUACUUCUGUUUUCUUAAUGAUGUUAGGCAUUUACUCUUUCACUGGAAGCAAAAGCAGCAGCUGACAAAGUGCAUCUCCUCUCCUUUCUGAGAAGCGGCGGAGCGCUGCGGUCCACGAGUGCUGCGGGCCCGCGGUCGCCACUGCGCUCCUGCACCUGCUGCUCCCCGCCCCCGGGGGGCCCGUCGUGGUCGCUCGUGCGCGCCUCCUUUUCAGAAGCCCAAAGUCCAGUCUUUUUUUAAGUAGCCUCUAUAACUGUGUUUAUUUUAUGAAUAGUAUUCCUUAUGGCUGCCAAUCUUAUUUACCUUUAAGUGAUUUCUGAAGUUUAACCCUUUCAAAAUAUAUUCUUCAAACAAGAUAAAGAUUGCCAUUUCCUUUUGUUUGUUCAUGUAUCCUGGUAAAGCAUCUUAAUCAGACUUAUUUUUAAUUAAUGAAUAUUUCUUAGAAAUUUUGGGACAGACUUUAUGUGAUCUUUCUAAGUAUGAUUUCUGAAGAAAAGCAAAUGCAUUAGUAUGUUUGCCUUAAACUUGUAGACUAAACCAACUAUUGUCGAAUAAACCGUGAUAACAGUGAUGGUUUUUAACUCUGUGUCAUUGUAUCACUCUAAAAUCUGGAUUAGCUAUAAUAAAUCUACUCCGGUGUCAUGA